UUGGUCAACGACGAAGAGCCUGCAAGAGCCUACUGGAACGCUUUCGACCUCCUGUGCAGCAUUGCGUACCUCACCGCCACAAGCCUGUCACAAGCAUAUGCGCUCAGCAGUACAACUUGACCUUCGAAGUCUACCCCCUCGCCAGAGCUCUGUCGAAUUCUCGUGCGCCCUCGAAAAGAGUUCCCGCCCUAAGCGUGCGGAACGGCUCUUCCCUUUGGGUCCAGGUUUCUUUUUAUCCUUGCAUAUGAAAAGCCAGCGACAUGAAUCCAACUCCAACACGAGUGCUGGCGCUGCUAGCGCGGCAAGCUGCCGAAUCGAGCGCCAACGCCGCCGCCUCGGGCGCUCUUCCCACGUCAAUCAAUACAACUGCUUCUGCAUCCUCGGCGAUGGCCUCGUUGUCGUCGCUGAUGGCGUCCGCGUCGCAAGCGCUCGCGUCCGAGUCGAAGGUCGCUGCGGGUGACGACGGAGCAGCAAACCCAGGAUACUUCAAGUACAUCGGCAUUGCCAUGGCCAUCUCCAGUGGUUUCUUCAUCGGGUCCAGCUUCGUGCUCAAGAAGCGCGGCCUGCUCGCCGCGCAAAAGAAGUUCAAUUCCACCGCCGGCGAAGGGCUGAGCUACCUCAAGAGCCCGCUCUGGUGGAGCGGGAUGAUCAUCAUGAUCCUGGGCGAAGUACUGAACCUCGUCGCGUAUUCGUUCACCGACGCCAUCCUCGUCACUCCGAUGGGUGCGCUCAGCGUUGUUGUCUCCGCCAUCCUCUCCUCGUUCUUCCUGGAAGAGAAGCUCUCCAUGUUCGGCUGGCUUGGCUGCGGCCUCUGCAUCCUUGGCUCGACGAUCAUCGCGCUGAAUGGGCCAGACCAGCAUGCAAGCGGGCAGAUCAAGGUGUUUGAGAAGAUGUUCAUCGCACCCGGCUUUCUCGCCUGGACGGGCGUCUGCCUCGUCGUUGCGCUGGGCCUCAUCUUCUUUGCGGUGCCAAAGUGGGGCAAGAAGAACAUGCUGGUGCACAUCAGUAUCUGCAGCGUCAUUGGCGGUUUGAGCGUCAGUGUCACCAGCGGCCUCGGCAGCGCUAUUUUGCUCAGCAUCAGAGGUCAGAACCAGUUCAAGUACUGGUUCAUCUAUUUCCUCCUUGGCUUUGUUAUCGUCACGCUUGUGACAGAGAUCAUUUACCUCAACAAAGCGCUUGAGCUGUUCAACACCGCCAUGGUGACGCCGACGUACUAUGUCCUUUUCACCUUUAUGACGCUCGUCACUUCCAUCGUCCUCUUCCAGGGCCUUUCUGCGUCUGUUGUCGCCAUCGUCACGAUCGUACUUGGUUUCCUCGUCAUCUGCGUGGGAAUCACCAUUCUACAGCUGAGCAAGAUCGAUCCCGAAGAUCUCGCGCAGAAACCAGGCAUCGACCGCUCAACGACGAUGCUCCUCAAAGCGUCUCGCUCUCAUCUCCGGCAGUCUGAAAAGGGCGAGAGUACGCAGAUCGAAGAUCCCGGUGUGGACACGAUCCGCGGAGGCCUGGGCAUCGUCGGGUCUGUCAUCAGAGCACGCUCCUCAAGCCGGUUGUCGAGGCGCUUCAACAGCAGUGCGGACGAAUACCGCGUAGGGGAUGAGAUGGGUGCACUCCGAGGUGUGGGACACGAUGUGGAGCGGUAUCAGCUGCACGAUGGGCCUGUGCCGCGCUCGCCGCUCGGCGGUGGUGGGGCGAGCGCAUCGGACAGGGCAAUAUCUACCAUGCCGCCGCAGAUGCCGCUCAAGCGCGACACAGCCAUCUCUUGGGCAUCCGGCACAGAGGGCCACGACCGCGAAAAGGUGCCUGGAUCGCCCCUCGCCGGGCCCGGAUUCGGGCCUGGUGGCAGCGCCAUGGCCACUCUAUCCGUGUUGACGCCCACGUCCGAGGAAGCAGACCUCAGCGGGACGACGACCAGCACGGCCAUGUCGAGCAGCGCUACGCCUGCGGACGAAUACAACAACGAAGAGAUCGUCCGGCGCGUCUACCACACCGAGCCGCGCGGCGCUUUGCAGUCGCACCAUGACGCGCGUGCGCAGUUGGCUGCAGCGCACGGAGGACCUCUAUUACAAGGAGCUCCAGGUGGACCGAGCAGCUCGUCGGCAUUACAGCAGGGCAAAUAUAUUGAUCCGUACGCCGUCCCGCGGUCGGUGGGUCCAGCCUUGCCUGUAAACAAUAACAUUCGGACCAUGUGGGAGCACGCCAAGAAGGGUCCAGCAGAUGUGACGGCUCUGUCGGAGGACGGAAGCGGAGGUCAGUCGGAGUUUGGGCUCUCCUCGGUGCUCAACAGGGAGGGCGAGAAGCAACGGUCCGAUAAGGAAUAUCCACUGCGUAAGGGCGGAAGGCCCUCGAGCGAAGAGGACGAGCUGCUGCGACCGCAGGCGACCAACGACUCCGAGGAGGAGGAGGAACGCGCUAAAGAACGCCAGCAACGGCGCUUCGCUUUCUUCUAGCGCUCGCCAGUGGAACAAAGGUGGUGAUGAUGAAGAGGACGAUGAGGAACAAAACCAUCAUGGACAAUCGUAUUGACUCUAAUGGCCGAACUAUGAAGCUACACUUGGGGAACAUGCGGCAUUUAUGUGUUUGAG